AAAAGUUUACUAAGUGUCUAGGUAGGUAGUUGUAAAUGUUUUCUGUUUUUUUCCUCCACUUGUUACUUAUAUGAAUGAAGUUCCUACAUAAAUCAAAAUAAUUUAUUUUGUAUAUUUGCGAUUUUACUUUUGUAAUUCGUGGAGGCAACACUCUGUGAGGAAUUGUGGAUUUAGGGACUAACUCAAUAUUAUGGAUAUGUGAUUGGUGAAUAAAUAAAUAAUUGAAACUUUUUAUUAACCUUGCUGGUGUUUCUAUUCCGCAUUUUUUAAUUGGAACUAAUACUAUAAAAAUGACUAGUGAUACCGAAGAAUCAUCCUUACGAUAUAGGAGAGCUCAAAGUGUUACAAGAGCAGAGGAAAUUACGGAACAAGAGAAAAGAGUCCGUAAGCUACAAUAUGAUAAACCGUGCCACAAACCACGUGAUUCAUUGUUCUCAUGGAGUUCAAAUUUUACAAACUUCACUGGCCUAGUAAACUGGGGAUUCCUGUUGCUUUUCAUAGGAGGAUUCCGGUUGUUUCUUGAGAACUUAAUAAAAUAUGGUUUACGUGUUAACCCAAUUGAAUGGUUCAUUGUAUUAACUGGAUACAGUGAGGGACAGGAGGGACUGAAUCGUCAAUACCCUGCAGUUGUUCUGUUGAUAUUUUGUGUGGUUCCCACAGUGUUGGGCCUUUUGAUUGAAAAGGGUAUUGCAGUAGGCAUACUUUCUGAAUCCAUUGGUAUUUUUUUGCAAGUAACCAACAUACUAUUUGUGAUAACAUUGCCUGUUAUCGUACUUUAUUUUAAAGGCGAUGAUUUCAGUUUCGUUGGAACAACAACUGUGUGCUUCGUUUAUUUAAUAUUGUUUCUCAAACUAUGGAGUUAUAGUCAAACUAAUCAUUGGUGCCGAAAUGCGUUUAAAGGGAAAACGUCGAAAACUAAAUUGCGGCGACAAAGCUUAUCUGCACCUAAUUGGAAUGCACUCAAUAACGCCGAACACGAUCAGACUGUUGAAGAUGAGAAAAGUGAUGCUGCCGUUGCGGCUGGUUUGGUCAAAUAUCCCGAUAACCUAACACUGAAGGACCUUUUCUACUUUAUACUGGCUCCUACCCUGUGCUAUGAACUUAACUUCCCACGAACCUCACGUAUCAGAAAAAGAUUCCUAAUUAAAAGGCUACUGGAAGUGAUGGUUGGAAUACAACUUGUAUUGGCUUUACUCCAGCAGUGGAUGAUACCUUCCCUUACUUAUUCUGUAAAUACGUUCUCCCAAAUGGAGGCCAUGAAGAUGACGGAGAGGUUAUUGAAACUCGCGGUGCCAAAUCAUCUCAUUUGGUUGUGCUUCUUCUACCUGUGUUUCCAUUCAUUCCUGAACUUGUUGGGUGAGCUGCUGCAUUUUGCUGAUCGUAACUUCUACGGUGACUGGUGGAAUGCAAACAACAUAGCCGUUUUUUGGAGCAGUUGGAACUUACCGGUGCAUAGGUGGGCUGUACGCCACGUGUACAUACCUAUCACGGAAAGAGGCCAUAGCAAAGUUGUUGCUAGUGUUGUUGUAUUCUGCAUAUCGGCUUUAUUCCAUGAAUAUUUGGUGAGCGUACCGUUGCAAAUGUUCAGAAUUUGGGCGUUUUUGGGCAUGAUGGUGCAGCCACCGUUAGCUGUUAUAUCUCGCUUCGCGGAAAAUAGGUGGGGCCCCCGCUGGGGCAACAUCAUCGUGUGGAGCUCGCUCAUUCUUGGUCAGCCACUCGCAAUCAUGAUGUACUAUCACGAUUAUGCUUUGGCUCAUUUUACACCAACACAAGAACAAUAAGCGUCAUUUAUAAUAUCUAAUUGAAAUUAUUCCAUGACAAAUAUACAGAAGUUACGACCUGAUUUAUAAUAUUUCGUAGUUACUGUAGGUUGCAACGAAUUCGUAUUCAGCCAAUGGCAUUAACGAAUCAUUUUUCCCUUCGUCUUUAUUUUUAUACUGAAAUAAGUUGAUUGCAGUACAUUCUUCGCUAAUAAUAAUUUCGAAUUUAUUUUCAAAUUAUAUUAUGGCUACAUUGUUUACCAAAUGUAGAAAGUAAUUAUAGUAUAGAUUAAUUACGUGGUUUACGUUUUUUACACUACAUCUACAAGGGAAAUAUAAGGCGGGAGCGGGGAAAAAUAGGCUUUGAAAGUUAUAUAAAUUGUAAAAAAAAAAAAAACAAUUAUUAUAAUCUCCUCAGGCAAAUUGUAUUGGUCAUGUAACUAUUAGACUUUUUGUGUAUUUAUUUCCAUAAUGCUCUGAUUUUGUCAAUACAAUAGCUAAAGUAUAUUUUUAAAAACUAUGCCAUAAAUAAUCAUAUGUCUAUUUGCUGUUUAUCUACAUUUUUCUGUCUAGUUUUUUACAAGGUAGAUGAAGUGAACUGUUCUGUCUUUAUACACAUUUAUAUAUUUUGUAUAACAUUUACCAUUUUUUGAGAGGUAUAAUGAAGAAUUUUCCUUUUUUAUUCAUUCAUUCCAAUAUAAAAAAAAAAAUGUGAAUUUGCUUUAAUUUCUUCUUCGCAAAGAUCACGAUAUAUUUUCAACUCUAUUAUCCAAAUGAUACAUUUUCCGAGUAGAUAUAGUAGUUAAUAAUUUAUAAUUAGAACAAAAAAACUGACUAAAUCUUUACGCAGUUUAAGACAAAUACUUGUCUCUUUCGAUUGAAAUGGAAUCAUUAAGUCGAUUCUCAGUUUGCGAAGAUAUUGUAUAAUAUACAAACAGAAAAAGAAAUUUGAUUUGAAAACCUCUCCAUUUUGAAGUGAGUUAUAUAAUUAGGCACAAUUAAUUUAUUGUUCGUCGAAUGAUUUCACUGCAAUAUGCAGUAAACGAAAUGUCGUCAAUCAGUCGGCAGUACAUAGUUAUGUAAUUGUAAUUCACAAAUGUUUUAUUUAUACUAAUUAUUAAUACUAUUUUACUGUUUUUUUUUUUAUUUUUUUUACUUUAUACCAUUGUUGUGAAAUUGUUGCCUGAAUUUAAUUAAUGAGUGCUAUGAAUAAACAUUCUUAUAGAUUAUUUAGUAUUGUAGUUAACCUAGUAUUUGAAUCGUUUUUAGAUAUAACAGGGAAUUUAUUAUGGAAUUAUGUUUGCUAUCCAAUAACUACGUUUUGUAAUAUUUCGUUAUAAAUAUUUUCAGAAUAAUGCCUUGAGAAUACAAAGAAUAAUUAUGUUAAGCGACAAAAAACGUGCCAGAAAAGUAGUUUAAGAAUUAUUUUGUUAAUUGUUAUUAUGUGGUGUAUAUCUAUUUACGUAGUUAGUGGUGUAUAGUAACAAAUUUAUAAUGCAAGGCGUUGGAUCCAUUAAUACAUAGCUUUUUCGCAUGAUAGUUACAUAGUAGUAUGAUAUACAAUUAAAAUAGAUAAUUUAUUCAACUACGCUUUAAUUAAUAACUAAUGAAUGCCUUUUAGGUUUUAAAUAUCACGGCAGAAUAUAUUUAUUUUUAUAAAUGCAUUUAUAUUUAUUAUAGUUAAUUUUUAAAUUUAUUAAAUAUCAUUCCUAUGAAUUUGGAUUAUGAAUUUACAAGAAGCCAACGCAAGACUGAAUGUGCCUAUUAGAAAAUAUAAAUAGUGAUAAGUGAAACUUGUCAGCAAAACGGAAAUUUAUAUUGUACAUAAAAUACUUUUUAAUAAGUACGCAUGCAUAUACAUUGUUAAAUAUUUAUUAUAUAAAUAUUUUUUAUAUUAAAUGGAUAAUGUAAGGAAAAAUGCACACGGUAUAUUGGACUGGAUCGACAAGUUGCUCUUCGGUACAGUUUUAGAUAACAAUCAGAAAAACAUCUAAAUAAAAGAUAAUAAUUUGGUAUAAAAUAGAUACACAACUUGUAUUAGUUGCUAUCACUUUCUUAUACUAAUCUUUCUAUUUUUAACUCUAUCACUAGUUAUAUCUAAUUUUCCUGUCGCCGAUAAAACUAAUAAUUAUAUUGUUUUGUUUAGUGUUUUACCGUUAUCUACAAGAAAUAAUUGCCAAAUAUCGCGUAUUUUUUGAGAGAAAUCAAUUUGAAAAAAGAAUAUGCAUAUAUAUUAUUAAUUAGAAAAUAAAAUUGUGAAUGUAUUUUUGAUACCAAAUCAUGCUAUUUAUGUAAAAAUGCAACACACUUUUUUACACCAAAAAUGAUCAUUUUUAUAGGUAUAUGCAUUUAUGAACAUAUAUGGAAUUCUAUACAAAAUAUGUUGUAAAGUUUUUGUAUUUUUAAAAAUAUAGAUAAUUUUAUAUUUAA